GCGGCGACUCUGCACUCGUCUCUCGCAUUGCACCGCAACGAAAUUCGCCGGCAAGUGCGGCGCCACAGUAUGCAAAACAAAGCCGAAACGUGCAGCAGUGGCAACGGCAGAAGACUACAGCACUAGCGAGGCAACGGUAAAUCAGACAAAAACAACCGUUUGCGAAAUACGCGCGCGAAAACCACACACAGAAGAGCCACCGCAUCUGCGGGCGGGCGGAUGCGUGUCUUCGACACGCUGGAUGCGUCUUGAGGCAAAUGCAAAUUAGCAGCCAGAACGGCAAAAGAAAAUACACAAAAUAAGUGGCAGAAUAGCAGCACCAGGAGCAGCAUCCGAGCAGCAUCCGAGCAGCAUCGCAUCACCAGCUAGAAUUCUGCAACAGAAUCCGCAUCCGAAGAACAUCAGAAAUAAAUCCGGCAAGAGGGAAGGCCAAAAGUGAAAAAUAACAUUAGACAAAUCGCGAGAAAUUGCAGAAACGUUUGCCAAAUAUUUUGAGAACCUCAAAAAGUGCAUCGUCGUGUGCCAUUUUGUGGGGAAUUUUCUCUGGGAUAGAUCUACCACCUACCCACCUACCCACCUACCCAGAGUAUGAUGGGAUGAUAUCCAAGCGGGUAAACCGAAUGAUGGACAUCCCCCGAACAAUAUAAUUAGAUUUAGAGCGCACAAAAAACACAAAGGAGACAGAGACCGGCCAGACCAUGUUGACCUGGCUAAUAAUGAUGAGGCUGCUGCAUUCGGCCCGGGGGGGAGGCGAGGGGCCGUCAACCGAUUCGUAUCCAAACACCACGGCCUGGAACGAGAGCCUCUUCACCACAGAACUAAGCCAACGGUGGGACAGCGGCAGGGGCUCCACGAUCCAGCCAGAGGAGCCACCGCUCUACAGCACGGACCUGCCCACGUACGAGCAUUGCAUAGCCACCAGGAACUCGCUGGCGGACCUGUUCACGGUGGUGCUGUACGGAAUCGUGUGCAUCGUGGGGCUGUUUGGGAACACGCUCGUGAUCUAUGUGGUGCUGAGGUUCUCCAAGAUGCAGACGGUGACCAAUAUCUACAUCCUGAAUCUGGCCAUAGCGGACGAGUGCUUCCUGAUCGGCAUACCCUUUCUGCUCUACACGAUGCGCAUCUGCAGCUGGCGCUUCGGGGAGUUCAUGUGCAAGGCCUAUAUGGUGAGCACCUCCAUCACAUCGUUCACCUCGUCGAUCUUCCUGCUGAUCAUGUCCGCGGACAGGUAUAUAGCCGUCUGUCAUCCGAUAUCCUCGCCCCGAUAUCGCACCCUGCACAUAGCCAAGAUCGUGUCGGCCGUGGCCUGGUCCACGUCCGCCGUACUGAUGCUUCCGGUGAUCCUAUACGCGAGCACCGUGGAGCAGGAGGAUGGCAUCAACUACUCGUGCAACAUUAUGUGGCCGGAUGCGUAUAAGAAACAUUCGGGCACAACAUUCAUUCUGUACACCUUUUUCCUGGGCUUCGCCACGCCGCUCUGCUUCAUUCUCAGCUUCUACUAUCUGGUCAUACGGAAACUGAAGUCCGUGGGGCCCAAGCAGGCGACCAAGUCCAAGGAGAAGCGGCGGGCCCAUCGCAAGGUCACGCGACUGGUGCUGACCGUCAUUACGGUGUACAUCUGCUGCUGGCUGCCGCACUGGAUAUCCCAGCUGGCGUUGAUCAACUCGAACCCGGCUCAGCGCGACCUGUCGCGCCUGGAGAUACUCAUCUUCCUGCUGCUGGGCGCCCUCGUCUACUCGAAUUCGGCCGUCAACCCCAUUCUGUACGCCUUCCUGAGCGAGAACUUCCGCAAGAGCUUCUUCAAGGCCUUCACCUGCAUGACCCAGCAGGACAUCAAUGCCCAGCUGCACCUGGAGCCGAGCGUGUUCACCAAGCAGGGCAGUCGUCGUCGUGGUGGCUCCAAGCGGCUCCUCACCGCCAAUGCCCAGGCGCCGCAGCUGCAGCCCAACAAUGCGGGCAACAAUAAUUCCUCGACGGCCACCUCCUCCACAACGACGGCGGAGAAGACCGCAUCGACAGGGGCCCAGGGGAAGUCCAGCAGCUCCAAUGGCAAAUUAGCCACAGCUCCCAAAGCACACCCCAGGGACCCGGAGAAUCUGAUCAUCUGCCUGGGGGAGCAGCAGGGGGAGGCCUUCUGCACCAUGGCCAGGCGGGGUUCCGGUGCGAUGCAGCAAACGGAUUUGUAACUAAUUUUAAGAUAUAUCUAACGAAUCCAUCAUCGGAUGGACGUAAGGAAAGGCAUGUUUUUUUUUUGUGGUGUUUUAUACAUAAAAAUCUUGUGAAUCUUGUCCUCGAUCGAAUACGUAUUUCGAGUAGAGACUUUGGCAGUAUUAAUAACGAACUACAAUCUAUAACUAAUCUAUACAGAUUUUUUUAAGAGCGAAUCUUAGCGACAACGAUUAAUGGCAAGAAAAUGGAACUGAAAUAUUUUAAUGGGUGAAAGAGAGAGAGAGAGAGAGAGAGAGAGAGGGAGAACACACAUACGAGAACAUCUAAUCAAUUUAAUCUCACAUUUUUCUCUUCCCAGAUUUAAUAAUUACUUAAAUUAAAAUGAAAUGUAGGUAUAUUUAAACGCCCUAUGAUAUUAUCAUGGAACUACCAUAAUAAAUAAAAAUAAAACAAUACGUAAACUUGCAGUGAAAAAAGUAUUCCAAAUGUAAACUUGUAUCUUCUUGAAUUAG